UCGUGGUUUCCUGUGCGACAGUGUCGGCAUAUCCGCUUUGUCGAUGCCCGAGUGAACGUUGGAGAGUAAUGGCGGCGUGCCGGGGGUCUUCGUCGAAGUGGUUUUUCACCCGGGAGCAGCUCGAAAACACGCCGUCCCGCCGAUGUGGAGUAGAACCAGAUCGGGAGCUCUCCUACCGACAGCAAGCGGCAAAUCUGAUCCAAGAUAUGGGCCAGAGACUCAAUGUCUCUCAAUUAACAAUAAAUACAGCCAUUGUUUACAUGCAUAGAUUUUAUAUGCACCACUCUUUCACCAAAUUCCAUAGAAAUAUAAUAUCUCCAACCACCUUAUUCUUGGCCGCAAAAGUGGAAGAGCAACCUCGGAAACUCGAACAUGUGAUCAAAGUUGCACAUGCUUGCCUAAAUCCCCAAGAACCACCUCUUGACACGAAAAGUAAUGCAUACCUCCAGCAAGCUCAAGAGCUGGUGAUACUUGAAUCCAUAGUGCUGCAGACCCUGGGCUUUGAAAUUACUAUUGAUCACCCACACACUGAUGUGGUGAAAUGUUCCCAGCUAGUGCGAGGUAGAGGCUUCCUUCUUUGCUCUUUGUGCGCUCUGGUCUUGUUUGUCCCACCUCAGAUAUGGGUUGGGAGGGGGGUGAAAACCUUGCUGAUUUAAUGGUUACAUGACCACAUGGCUUGUUCUUUUGAUGACCUUUUGAGUUCAUUGUAUGACAUAGCACAUGAACAGUAACAUUUACUGACACUUAUUAGGCCAAGUACAAGACUGAUUUUUAAUAAUUUAAUUUAUGGGUUUUACCAUUUGAGUUCCCCAAUGAGGUCGGCAGAAAUGUAUAUACAAUAAAUAGUGAUAGUGAAUUCUUUAAAUAUUUUAAAUAUGUAUACAAAAUCUCAUGUAAACUGAUCAGAUUAAUGCCUUGAACUUUGCUCGACUGUUUAAAAAAGCCUUCAAUUACAUGUCUUUUAUUUUUGAAUCUGCUUAUAGUGAUUAAUUUGCCAAACUGAAUAUUUGUAAAAAUGCUAACAUAAUUUGAUCAUGAUACAAUAAUAUUUAUAGCAGUUCAUUAAUAAUAUUGAAUUAUCUCCCAGCUUUCCUUGCAGACUUAAUUUAGAAAAAUCAUCAAGCUUACUGAAAGUUUCCAAAAUAUAGCAACAGUUUUAUGCCAUGUGUUGUUUUCAGUCUUGGUCUUGGUUUAAUCAGUAGAAUGAAAAUUAACUUAAAAAAGGCAGACAUUCAGUUCCUGUCCUAAUGAUAAUAAAAUGCUUUGGCUUGCAGAAAUGGUAAUCUUUUUUUCCCUUCCCUAUCUUUCUCUUUUUCU